CUGCAUUUAAAUAAUAAAGAACGCAUUCUACAACUUUUAAUUUAUGUUGUAAGUGGUUGCCAGCAUACAAUCGUUUCCAAAUCCUAAUGUAAACCGUAUUUCUUAGGCAGGAACUCGUGCAUGAAGUGAGAUGACAGUUUAUUAGUAAAACUCGAUUCUAUGUUAGGACAGAAAAGUGGGUGAUGCCGUUCGUGCCGUUGCGGUGAUGCUUUCGCGACGAUCUUUCGCCUCGCCUUCGAAGCCGUGCUCGUACUCGUAGUCACGGAUGAUAUUGUAGCUUAUUCUACAUGAAUUACGAUUAUUACUAAUCAUUAAGGCUCAAAAAAGGUUAUGUUAUUACACCUAAAAAACAGUUCAAUAAGUUCGUGUGCCGUGAGUGAAUUUUGUACAAUUGGUCAUAGUUCCCGGAAUAAGUGUUAGAUUGUGUGUGUGUCGACAAAUUUGUGUGUAUUUUGGAUCUGGGACAGCAUUCCUGGACUUAGUAAAAGAGAUCUUUGAGUGUGGCGUGGUGACGUGCAGUUGGUCGCGAUGACGACCGACAUAUCUGUGUCUCGGUGGGACCCCUCCAUCAACCACGGGCAGGAGAUCAUCGACGAGUUCGAGUACGAUGGCGGCAACUCGUCUUCGAGGCUAUUCGAACGAUCGCGCAUUAAAGCGCUAGCAGACGAACGAGAAAGCGUACAAAAGAAAACUUUCCAAAAAUGGGUGAACUCCCACCUAGUGCGCGUGGGGUGCCGCAUUGGGGAUCUGUAUGUGGACAUGAGAGACGGCAAGAUGCUGAUCAAGUUAUUGGAGGUUCUCUCUGGAGAGAGACUGCAACGGCCGACGAAAGGCAAGAUGCGUAUCCAUUGCCUGGAGAAUGUUGACAAAGCGUUGCAGUUCCUGAAAGAUCAACGCGUGCACCUGGAGAACAUGGGCUCCCACGAUAUCGUGGACGGAAACCCUAGGCUCAACCUCGGGCUGAUUUGGACCAUCAUCCUCCGGUUUCAGAUCCAAGACAUCACGAUCGAGGAGACAGAUAACAAAGAGACGAAGUCUGCCAAAGACGCCCUGCUAUUAUGGUGUCAAAUGAAGACGGCCGGCUACAACAAUGUGAACGUGCGCAACUUCACGACAUCAUGGCGCGACGGGUUGGCGUUUAAUGCCAUCAUACACAAACACAGACCUGACUUGAUACAGUUCGAGAAACUGCACAGAAGCAAUCCAUUACACAAUUUGAAUAAUGCCUUCAAUGUUGCUGAGGACAAACUUGGACUUACCAAGCUGUUGGAUGCUGAAGACAUCGCCGUUGAACAUCCCGAUGAGAAAUCGAUCAUCACAUAUGUGGUGACGUACUACCACUACUUCAGCAAGUUGAAGCAAGAGACGGUCCAGGGCAAGAGAAUCGGGAAGGUAGUCGGGAUCGCCAUGGAGAAUGAAAAGAUGAUGCAAGAAUAUGAAUCUCUUACCAGCGAUUUGCUGCAAUGGAUCGAACGCACAAUCGAAGCGCUGGGAGACAGGGCCUUCGCCAACUCCCUGGAAGGCGUCAGGCAGCAACUCAUACAGUUCGCCAACUAUCGCACCAUUGAGAAACCGCCCAAGUUCGUGGAGAAAGGCAACCUGGAGGUGUUGCUAUUCACGUUGCAAUCUCGAAUGCGUGCCGCGAACCAGAAGCCGUACACGCCGAAGGAGGGCCGCAUGAUACACGACAUCAACCGCGCCUGGGAACAGCUGGAGAAGGCCGAGCACGGGAGAGAGCUAGCUCUGCGGGAGGAGCUCAUCCGGCAGGAGAAGCUGGAGCAGCUGGCCGCCAGAUUCAACCGCAAAGCUCAAAUGCGCGAGACAUGGCUCUCGGAGAACCAGCGUUUGGUCAGCCAGGACAACUUUGGCUUCGACCUCGCCGCCGUGGAGGCGGCCGCUAAGAAACACGAGGCGAUCGAGACUGAUAUACUGGCGUAUGAGGAGCGAGUGCAAGCUGUGGUCGGGGUCUGCUCUGAAUUGCAAGCUGAAAGAUAUCACGACAUGGAGCGUAUGUCAGAGCGGCGGGACAACGUUCUUCGACUUUGGGCUUAUCUGCUCGAAUUGCUGCGAGCGAGACGCGCUCGCCUGGAACUGUCGCUGCAGUUACAGCAGAACUUCCAGGAAAUGCUGUACAUCCUCGAUUCCAUGGAGGAAAUUAAGAUGCGUCUACUGACUGAUGACUACGGCAAACAUCUGAUGGGCGUCGAGGAUCUGCUGCAGAAACAUGCGCUUGUUGAAGCUGAUAUUAACGUGCUCGGAGAGAGGGUCAAGGUGGUAGUGACACAAUCGCAGCGGUUCCUAGUGAAGGAAGAAGGAGAUUACCGUCCCUGCGACCCCGCCAUCACUGUGGAACGCAUUCAACAACUGGAGAACGCAUACGCUGAGUUGGUACACUUAGCCGUGGAACGCAGGAAGCGUCUUGAAGACAGCCGCAAGCUGUGGCAGUUCUACUGGGACAUGGCAGACGAAGAGAACUGGAUCAAGGAGAAGGAGCAGAUCGUCUCCGUGGAUGACAUCGGCCAUGAUCUCACUACUGUGUACCUGCUGAUCUCCAAGCACAAGGCUCUGGAGGCCGACGUGAGCGCGCACGAGCCGCAGCUGAUGAGCGUGGCGGCCGUCGGCGACGAGCUCAUCUCACAGGGGCACUUCGGGGCUGAUAGGAUACAGGAGCGCCUCCGCGACAUCCUGUCGCAGUGGAACCACCUGCUGGACCUGGUGUCGCUCAGGAAGAACAGGCUGGACGCGGCCGUGCGUUACCACCAGUUGUUCGCCGACGCUGACGACAUAGACAACUGGAUGUUAGACACGCUCAGAUUGGUGUCAUCUGAAGAUACCGGAGUUGACGAGUCCCAGGUGCAGAGCUUGCUGAAGAAACACAAGGAUGUCACUGACGAGCUCAAGAACUACGCCAACAUCAUCCAACAGCUCAAACAACAGGCAAGCGAGCUCAGCCCAGAAGACGCCAACAGCACCGAGGUCCGGGAACGCCUGGCCGCCAUGGACGCCCGCCACGGGGAGCUCGCGGAACUGGCCAGACUUCGCAAGCAAAGACUUUUGGACGCGCUCUCCUUGUUCAAACUCCUGGCAGAAGCAGACGCGGCUGAUCAGUGGAUCGCAGAGAAGGACAGGAUGUUGGAUACCAUGCUGCCGCCUAAAGAUAUUGAUGAUGUUGAGAUCAUGAAGCAUAGAUACGACGGCUUCGACAAGGAGAUGAACGCGAACGCUUCCCGCGUGGCGGUGGUGAACCAGCUGGCGCGCCAGCUCAUCCACGUGGAGCACCCGCAGGCGCCCGCCAUCCAGGAGCGCCAGGCGCGCCUCAACCACGCCUGGAGCACGCUGCGGGACAAGGCGGAACAAAAGAAGGACGAGCUGAAGUCCGCCCAAGGCGUGCAGACAUUCCACAUCGAGUGCCGCGAGACCGUCUCCUGGAUCGAGGACAAGAAGAGGAUCCUGCAACAGACCGGAGAUUUGGAGAUGGAUCUCAACGGUGUGAUGACCUUACAACGCCGCCUGUCGGGCAUGGAGCGCGACUUGGCCGCCAUUCAAGCUCGCAUAUCAUCCCUUGAGAGUGAAGCCAGCGCCAUCGAGAAUGAGCAUCCAGAGGAAGCGCAACUCAUCCGCGAUCGCAUUGAACUGAUCACCGACAACUGGGAGCAACUCACUCAGAUGCUCAAAGAACGUGACGCGAAAUUAGAAGAGGCUGGUGACCUUCACCGCUUCCUGCGCUCCGUGGACCACUUCCAGACCUGGCUCACCAAGACUCAGACUGACGUGGCCUCCGAAGAUACACCGUCAAGCUUGGCCGAGGCGGAGAAACUGUUGUCUCAGCACCAGACCAUCAAGGAGGAGAUCGACAACUACAAGGACGAAUACGCCAAGAUGAUGGAGUAUGGCGAGAAGAUCACUGCGGAGCCCUCAACCCAGGACGACCCGCAGUACAUGUUCCUCCGGGAGCGCCUCAAGGCCCUGCGGGAAGGCUGGGCCGAGCUGCAGCAGAUGUGGGAGAAUCGGCAGCAGCUGCUCGCGCAGAGCCUCGAGCUGCAGCUGCUGCAGCGCGACGCGCGCCAGGCCGAGGUGCUGCUGGCGCACCAGGAGCUCAGAUUGGCAAAGACCGAGCCACCACAGAACUUGGAACAGGCCGAGAACCUCAUCAAAGAACACGAGGCCUUCCUUACGACCAUGGAGGCCAACGACGACAAGAUCAACUCCGUCGUUCAAUUCGCCAAUCGUUUGGUCGAAGAACGCCACUUCGACGCCGACAAGAUCCAACGCAAGGCUGAAAGCAUCGAGGCCAGGCGUAACGCCAAUCGGGAAAAAGCUCUGCAACAGAUGGAAAAACUUCAAGAUCAACUGCAGCUACAUCAGUUCUUACAAGAUUGCGACGAGCUCGGCGAAUGGGUACAAGAAAAGAAUGUUACAGCCCAAGACGACACCUACCGUUCCGCCAAGACCAUUCACUCCAAAUGGACUCGUCACCAGGCAUUCGAGGCUGAAAUCGCUGCGAAUAAGGAACGCCUAUUCGCCGUGCAGAACGCCGCUGAGGAAUUGAUGAAACAAAAACCGGAAUUCGUUGAAAUCAUCUCGCCGAAAAUGCACGAAUUACAAGACCAAUUCGAGAACCUCCAGACGACAACUAAGGACAAAGGCGAGAGAUUAUUCGAUGCGAAUCGCGAAGUUUUGCUUCACCAGACUUGCGACGACAUCGAUUCUUGGAUGAAUGAGCUCGAAAAGCAAAUCGAGAACACAGACACGGGCACUGAUCUAGCAUCUGUAAACAUUCUCAUGCAGAAGCAACAGAUGAUUGAGACUCAGAUGGCCGUCAAAGCUAAGCAAGUGACCGAACUUGAGACCCAAGCGGAGUAUUUGCAAAAGACGGUGCCCGACAAGAUGGACGAGAUAAAGGAGAAAAAGAAGUCUGUGGAACAGCGAUUCGAGCAGCUCAAAGCUCCUUUGUUAGAACGCCAGCGCCAUCUGGCUAAGAAGAAGGAAGCCUUCCAGUUCCGUCGCGAUGUUGAGGAUGAGAAACUGUGGGUUCACGAGAAGAUGCCUUUAGCUAACAGCACUGAUUACGGCAAUUCUCUAUUCAAUGUCCAGAUGUUGCAGAAGAAGAAUCAGUCAUUGAAGACCGAGACUGACAAUCACGAGCCUAGGAUUUUGACCGUUAUCUCCAAUGGUCAGAAAUUGAUCGAUGAGGGACAUGAAGACGCCCCUGAGUUCCAACGGCUUAUCGAAGAACUUACUGCGCGGUGGCAAGAACUUAAUGAUGCCAUCGAACAACGCAAGAACAACUUGGCCCAAUGGGAGAAGGCGCAUCAAUACUUGUUCGAUGCCAACGAGGCCGAAGCGUGGAUGAGCGAGCAGGAACUGUACAUGAUGGUAGAAGAUCGUGGUAAGGACGAGAUUUCGGCGCAGAAUUUGAUGAAGAAACACGAGAUUUUGGAGCAAGCCGUCGAUGAUUACGCGCAGACUAUACGUCAGUUGGGAGAGACUGUUAGGCAGUUGACCGCUGAGGAACAUCCUUUGAGCGAACAAAUCUCCGUGAAGCAAUCCCAAGUGGACAAACUAUACGCUGGUCUGAAGGACUUGGCCGGGGAACGUCGAGCCAAGUUGGACGAGGCUUUACGACUGUUCCAACUGUCGCGAGAGGUCGACGACCUCGAGCAGUGGAUCACCGAGCGGGAGCUGGUGGCCGGCUCGCAGGAACUCGGCCAGGACUACGAUCAUGUCACUCUGCUAUGGGAACGAUUCAAGGAAUUCGCCCGGGAAACUCAAGCUGUUGGUUCCGAACGAGUUGCCACGGCUGAGAGAAUCGCCGAUCAGAUGAUAGCUAUGGGCCACUCGGACAACGCGACUAUCGCGCAGUGGAAGGAGGGCUUGAAGGAGACAUGGCAGGACUUGUUGGAGCUUAUUGAGACUAGGACGCAGAUGUUAGCCGCUUCCCGCGAACUCCACAAGUACUUCCACGACUGCAAGGACACUCUGCAGCGCGUGAACGAGAAGGCCCGCGGCGUCAGCGACGAGCUCGGCCGCGACGCCGUCAGCGUGGGCGCGCUGCAGCGCAAGCACCACACCUUCAUGCAGGACCUGAGCACCCUGCAACAGCAAGUCGAGGCAGUUAGCGCUGAAUGUAGCCGCCUCGGCGCCAUGUACGCUGGAGAACGCGCCGCGGAAAUUUCUAGACGCGAGGCAGAAUUACGCGAAGCUUGGAGGGCAUUGACCGCUGCCUGUGCCGCCAGAAAAGAGAAGCUUCUUGAUGCCGACGAUCUGUACCGGUUCCUCAUGCAAGUGAGGAACCUCACGCUCUGGAUGGAUGACGUAGUGCGACAGAUGAACACCGGAGAGAAGCCAAGAGAUGUAAGCGGCGUAGAGCUGCUCAUGAACAACCACCAAUCCCUGAAGGCGGAGAUCGACACCCGCGAGGAUACGUUCACAGCUUGCAUAUCCCUCGGGAAGGAGUUGUUGGCGAGACAACACUACGCAACUUCCGACAUCAAGGAGAAGCUUCUACAGCUGACGAACCAGCGCAAUGCCUUGCUCAGGCGGUGGGAGGAACGCUGGGAGAACUUGCAGCUCAUUCUGGAAGUGUACCAGUUCGCACGCGACGCGGCCGUGGCGGAGGCUUGGCUGAUCGCACAGGAGCCCUACCUCAUGUCACAAGAACUUGGUCAUACUAUCGACGAAGUGGAGUCGCUUAUCAAGAAACACGAGGCUUUUGAGAAGUCAGCUGCCGCGCAAGAAGACAGAUUCAGCGCUUUACAACGGCUCACUACGUUCGAGGUAAAAGAGAUGAAGCGUCGCCAAGAAGCGGCUGAAGCAGCUGAACGCGAAGAGCGCGAGAGACAAGAGGCCGAGGCCGCGGCCGCUGCAGCGGCUGCAAGGGACCAGGUCGACCGCGCCGCAGAACAAGAGUCGCAGCCACAGGUGAGCGGUAGAGCUGAGAGUGCGGCGCCGACUCCCGCGCAGCUCGCGUCCCCCGCACCCGCACCCACCCCGCAAAGACCCUCCACUUCGAAACAAACGCCGGCCAAACCCGCCCGUCUCUCCACGGGCGGCUCGAGCUCGACGCCGGCGACUCCCUCGAGUUCCGGUAAGGUGAAGUCGCGGUCUCGAAGCAAGUCUCCGUUCAGGAGCUUCAGAUGGCGCACCGCGAAGAAACUGAUCGCCGGAUCGCAUCAUAGCGAUGACGAAGAGGGCGCCAGCCCCGCUAGCGAGGACGAAGGCGUAGAAGGCACGUUGGUCCGUAAACAUGAGUGGGAAUCCGCCGCUAAACGCGCUUCUAACAGAUCGUGGGACAAGGUUUACGUUGUGGCAAAGGACGGGCGCAUGUCCUUCUACAAAGACCAGAAGGCUUACAAGUCGGCGCCAGACCAGCACUGGCGCGGAGAGCCGCCGCUAGACCUUAACGGAGCAGUGGUGGAGGUCGCAGCAAACUAUACCAAGAAGAAGCAUGUCUUUAGACUCAGGCUGAGCAGCGGCGCAGAAUUCCUUCUCCAAGCGCACGACGAAUCCGAAAUGUCAUGGUGGCUGGAGUCGCUGCGCGCGCGCACGGCCGCGCCCGCGCCGCGCUCGCACACGCUGCCGGCGCCGGCCAACCAGGAGCCGAAGCGCCGCUCCUUCUUCACACUCAAGAAGAAGUCAGUCUCGCCACUUAGCUUCCUAUUCGCACCGUAGCGACGCAUGCGUUGGUUCAGAAGCAUGUCACCUAAACAUCCAGGAGCGCGAGAGCCGCACGUCAUGAUUCCUCAUUAGGUCCCGCGUCCCGCCGCGCACGCCCGCGGCAUGUACUCGCGGCCAUCGCAUACAGGACGCCGCAUAUUUCUCACGAUGCUUGCUUCCGUAAGCUUUGCCUAUGAAGAAAUUAUGUCGAACGCGGCAAUAUCGACUGUCAAAUAAAUGUUAUUAUUAUUUUGUUGCGUACAAAUACGUUAUUUAAGACUGUAUCGUAAUUGAGUGUUUGAUUCGCCUUUGUAUUUAUAUCGUUCGGUGCUCCUACCGGCAGAUGAUUCAAGUAUGCAUGAUCCCACCCCCGAAUGUGUAAUUGUUGAAACGAUAAUAAAUAAAAUACAUAUUAUUAUUAUUAUUAAAUUACUAAAUGCGACGCUAUUUAUGACUAGAUGGUUUUAGUGUUUAAAUUCAGAUUGAGAAUAUAUAUAUAUAUUUUAAUUAUUUAUAUAUAUAAAAUGGAGCUAGCGUAAUGUAAAUUCAGUUGAACUAGAAAUGUAUGUCGUUUGAUUCACUAAUUCGAAAGUUUUACUAGAUAAUUAUAUUGACCAAACAAAUAUCAAUCAAUGGAAUUUUAAUAUCGCAUUUGAUAUCUCAAAUUAGCUAGGUGGCUGGAUUGUAACCGCAUUUACUUCAAUAGCGUAACCCAGUGAUUGACGUUUUACUACCGGACUCGGAUAAAUAAAAUAUUAUAACGUAAGCUAACGUAUUAGAGUUAAUUUCCUUUAUAAAGUGUCUUCUAUCCGAUACUUCGGCGUUGCUGUUUGCUACAGAGCCGCAUUUAACGUAUUCUCUCCAGAAUUCCUUCUUAGACGUAAUUUAAGGGACGUAGAAGUAGCGUAGAGCGCGGGCAGCAAUGCCGGAGUGUUAUUUGUAAGUAUGCUUGAUCGCCUCGUAAGUGCUUCUAAAGUAAUGUGUCUUAUUAUUAAUUGAUUACUUUACUGCCAAUUUUCACAAAAUGUUUAUUUGUAUAAGCGAUUCAUGUCUUAAAUUCACUUUUAAAUAUUACGAUCACACAUUUUUAGUUCUGUUUACAUUUAAUGAUUAUGUACCUAUAUGACGUGUCGGGUGUCAUGGCAGGGCUGGUGACCGUGGUCCAUUAGACCGUAUGACUGUACUGCCAUGUUACCAGACACUAUUGCAUGUAAACCUAUGUUUAAAUAUUUUAUUUGAAAUUUUACUUUUUGAGGAAAAUAUAAUAAAGAUGUUUUCAAAUA